AUGGUUGAUUUUAACGUCAAUGGAAAGACAGCAGUUGUGACUGGUGGAACGAGAGGUUUGGGUCUCCACACAGCAGAAGCCUAUGUAUUAAACGGUGCCUCAAAUGUUGUGAUUACAUCAAGAAAGCAGCAGGCCUGUAAAGAGGCACAAGAGUACUUGGAGAAUGUCGCGCAGCAGGCUGGGAAAACAGUGAAAAUUAUCGCGAUCGCUGCAGACAUAGCAAAGGAGGAAGAUUGCACAAGAUUUUACAAUGAAACAAUGAAAGCCGUUGAGAAAGUUGAUAUUUUGGUGGCUAAUGCUGGCGCCAGUUGGGGUGCUCCGUUGAAAGAUCACACAGUUGCCGCUUUCAGGAAAGUCAUUGACUUAAAUGUCGUUGCUGUCUUUCAAACAAUCAAGUUAUUCACACCUGAAUUAGAAAAGGCCGGAACCCCAGAAGAUCCACUGAGAAUUUUGAUUAUGUCUUCAGUUGCAUCGUUAGUCGCUAGCGAUCCAGUGGGGGUCUACGGUUAUCUUGCCUCUAAAUCUGGAGUUUCGCACAUGGGUAAGAACUUGGCGCUUCAAUUGGGUCCAAGAAACAUUACUGUAAAUUCAUUGGCUCCUGGAUUUUUUCCAACUAAAAUGUCAAAUGGUUUGUUGAGUGUUGCAGGCGAUAUGAUGGCAGAGCAAAACCCAAGAGGCAGGCUAGGCGAAAAGGAGGAUUUGAUGAACGUAGUUAUAUUCUUGAGCUCAAAACAAGCAAACUAUAUCAAUGGAAUCGUACUUCCUAUUGACGGUGGCUCGUAUAAUGGAGGCGCCUUCAUGCCAAAGCUUUAA